AAAGAUGAUUUCAUAUUUAUAAAAAUAUUUAUAUUUAUUAAAACUAAUUUUGUAUUUAUAAAACAUUUUUUUUUAUUUAUAAAAACUAUUUUAUUAUUUUUUGUAUUUUAAAUAUGUUUUCUAUUUCAAUUUUAAUUUUAUAUUUUCGAAUUUCAAUUUAAAAAAAUAAAUUUAUAAUUUUUUUUUUAAUUUUGGAAAUAUUCCGAGGAAGUGUAUCCCUUGGGAUUUUCCGACGACAUAUUCCUUUCCGAGGAUUUUCCGACGAACGAACUGGUGGUCCUCGGAGUUUCCUCGGAAAUUCAUUUCCUCGGAAUUCCGUCGGAAAUAUCCGAGGGAUUUCCGAGGAAAAUUGAAUUUCCGAGGACUUGUUUCGUCGGUAUAUCGUCAGAAUAACGUUAUUCCGACGACAUACCGACGAUUUUUUUCCCUCAGUAUGCCGCUGAUUUCUUGUAGUGUGGCCAUGGAAUCUCCAGUUCGGUUAGUAAAAUAUUAAAUGAGUUUGUAUACGCUGAUGAAAAAAAUGCAUUCCACUUGCACAUGUAACUUAUUCUUUGACACCAAUUAUUCUUUUAUUAGGCUCUUUACACAUGGCAUGGUCUCGUUUCCGGUUCAGUUGGGAACAUGAUUUUUUGUUUGGUUAAUAAAUGGCGACAUGGGUUGCUGAUUGGGGACAUAUCAGUUCACAUAUAACAAGCAUAUGUAAAUGAAGUAUGGGAUUUUUCGCUUGUAUGAUUAUUAAGACUACAUUGCAUCGCUAUCAUAGUGGACCACUAAUUGUCAAAAACAUAUACCUGAGUUAAGUACAUCAAUGAAAUAACUGAUGAUAUAGAUUGAAACGCAAACUUAUUCCAAAACGUGAAAUAAACAUGUGAAAUCAAUUUCGUAAACUGAACCAAUAAGUAACCAUAUGUACCUAACGAUUUCCAUAAAUUUUCUAGGUGAGCAGUGCAGAUAACACAUAAUCGUAGCCAAUGGGCCAGCUUACUCUCUUAGACUGAUCGGACUGCACGUGAAAAAUGCGCGGAUUUACUCAACAAAUAUCCAACGUUUUCCAUGAGUUGAUUUAUAGGCUAAAUUUAAUUACUUUAAAAAUUUUAAAAUAUUAUAAAAUAUUAAAUUAUUAAGGUAAUUUUUUUUGUUUCUACUUUCACUCGUAAAAACCUCUUUAAACUUAGUAAGUUGUGUUUUCAUAUAUGAUUUUUGAUUUUCUAUUUUGAUGUGAAUAUUAUUUAGGAAAUAAAGAGGUUUGGAUGGGCAGCUAAGCUAUUCAUAGUAUGUAUAUCCCCACCAAGGAGAUUCAUCAUUAAACCUAUUUCUCGCCAUAUCUGGCAAUUCAUUUUUCUAUACAUUUAUACAUGACAAAAUGGUUUGAGAUAGACAUUAGACAUACAAGCUUUGAUCCGUUUUAACAUCUCUAAAUGAUAGUAUAAAACCCCAACAAAAUCGAAUAUCUUAAGAUGUAUAAGCGGUGGUUCAUUCGCAUCACAUGGAUGUAAAUAACCAAGAUCUGAAAAGAAUAUAUUAAAUCUGACUAAUCGCUCAACAUUUCAUAAAAGUUUUCACUUUUGAUGUCAAAAAAAGUUUCCACUUAAGGAGGAAAGCACUAUAUAACAACAAUUAAUUCCCCGUAUUAACGUUAAUCAUAUAAUCAAUACUAUUAAAAGGGAAGUAAUCUUAAAAAAUCUACCUAUAAAAUUGUUCGGACCCUUUGAUGAUCAUUAUUUUUUAGUUUUACCUUAAACUUAGACUAACAAUAUGUUACCAUGUAUUUCUCUAACAAUAAUUUAUUCAAUUCCUUUAUUUAUUCAAAUAUCACUCCUACAUCUUAAUCAUUACUAUUACUAUAUUUACCAUUUUGACUUUUAAUCAUAAAAACAUUGAAACUAAUGUUUUAUAUUAUCACUUUUAUCAUAUAAUAUACUGUAUGAUUUAAAGGAAGAGAAGUUACACGACAUAUAUGUGUACAUUCUAACUUCCUCUUUCCUUUAUAAUAAUGUAAUCAUAUCAUAUAUAAACUUUCCUACUAAAAUCUCAUACUAUAUACUAAACUUUAUAUUGUCUAUAGUUUGAUAGAUAUUUUCAUAUUUAAAUAUGAGUUUUCUAAAAAUAUUUUAUCAACCAUGUUUUUGUACAAUAACAUUAAAAAUCUAUAUCAAAAGGUUGUUGGACCCGAUAUGAACGUAAUGAGUCCACAUCGGUUCGGGUAUUUAGGAUCCUAAGAAAAUUCGAAAUAUCUAAAAAAACUGAAAAAUAUCUGAAACACGAAAAGUACUUGAAACUCUAAACAAAUAGUCAAAAAAAUUCAAAUACCUAAAAAUUCAAAUCUUAUUCAAAAUCUGCCACUGAACUGAAAAUACCCAAAAUUUUAUCCAAAUACCCAAAUUUUUUUUACUUUGAAAAUUUACCUGAAAUCAAAAACUAUAAUCGUAAACUAAAAAUCUAAAAAAAAUAUCCAUAAUGCUGGAAACAUAUUCGAAAUAUCUAAAUAUACCUAAUAAACACAACAUAUUUAUGAUCGGGUCUAGGGUAGGAUCCAGACUCAAACAAAGACAUACAGAUCCAAAAAACCCCCAAAUAUGUUAUCUUCUCUGGACCUGAACUAAACCUAUAUUUCCGGGUCGGUUCGGUUUGUUUUUUUUAUCCGGAUAUAAUUCUCAUGCGUAAAAAAAAUUUACGUAAAAAUGUACAUAUAAAAUAUCAAAUAAACUAAUUCAUAGAUUAUAUAACUGUUAAAAAUUAUAUUUUCGAUAUUAUAAAACUUUGUAUUAUAGUAUAAUCCAAAAAAUCUGCGCUUUCCAAGCGCGGGUCAAAAUCUAGUUUUCUUUUAAAAUAUUAAGGGACCUGUUUUUUUGUGUGGUCCAAUUUGGGUCUGAAACCAAUUUUCUUAGAAGGCGACGUCGUAGCUGUGGUUAUUGAUUUAUUCACACAUCAAGUUGUCAAGGUAUUAUUUCAAAUAUUGUUCACAUCAAACGCAUUUUUAAAUAAUACAAUCCCAUAAUUUCUUAUUAGACACUCCAAUUAAUUUGGAGACGAUAUUUUUUUUCUUCAUUUGUUUACUUCUCUAUUUAUUGCCAUGUGAGAUACUUCUCUUCCCCAUGUCCAACUUCAACCCCAUAAAUACGAUCCUCGCUUCAUCCUUCCUUUUGUGUUUCUUUAGAUACUUGGAAAUAACUUAACGGCAUCAAGAAACGGGCGUUACUGUCGACCUGACAAAAUGCCUUGUCUUUACAUUACUACAAACGUGAAUAUGGAGGGCGUUGACACCGAUGCGUUCUACUUGGAAGUCACGAAAGCCGUCGCUUCCAUCGUCGGACGGCCUCAGAAUUUGGUGAUGGUGGUGCUGAAGGGAUCAAUAGAGAUAGUGUUCGGUGGGAACAAAGAAGCAGCUGCAUAUGCAGAGAUUGUGUCUAUGGGAGGCAUCACUAAACAAGUUAAGAGACAGCUUAUCGCGACCGUUGGUUCUAUUCUACAUUCUCAUUUUUCUAUUCAUCCUACUCGUUUUAUCUUAAAAGUUUUUGAUAUGCAAGCUUUGCCUCUUCUUUCUAAGCUAUAGUUUUAUUAUCUGUUUAUUGUUCAUCAAACAAAAAAAUUAAAUGAUUGGUUGGUAUCAUUCGAGUUAACGACCAUAUACACAUCAAUAUAUCGUUUCUUAUCUUUAUUUGUUAUUUGAUCUUAUACAAGCUUGAUUAUUAAACUAUUAUAUCAUCAUUCGAAAUCUUGAACACAUAAUCUUAUUAUACAACUUGAAAGAAAACAUACCGAUCGAGACUCGAGAGAUGUCCUAAUCCGAGAGUCUGACUGAGUCUUUGGACUCGGUCAUAAUUUCAUUUUCUUGUAUAUAAUUACUCUUAACAAUUGUUUAUUAGAGAACUAGUCUCCAUUUUGAAGAUAGAUUGUGAAAAAUUUUGGAAUCUUGAAGUUUCCUGUUUAUAAUCGUUUAUUUUACAUAAGAACAGAUAUGAAUGGAAUUAUUUUACUAUAGACGACAAAACAUUUCUCAAAAGAAAAACGAAAGAAAAAUCACAAGUUGUAUAUUUCUCUUUUUGAUUGGGACCAAUUGGUACACACGUUGUUGAUAUGGGCCACAUUAGAGUGGUAUCUUCACAGUGGGAUCAAACAAAAGAUCCCAGAAGAUAGCAAGAUAUGAGAUUUCAAGAUGCAAAGUAUGGAAGCAUGGGAAUGAUGGUAUCGUUAGUCACCGACACUAAUGAUAAGUCACUCUAAUACAAGAUGAAGAAAACUAAUUAUAAAAAAACAUGAAGAAAAAUACAAGAAUCAACUAGAAACUAAAUCCAUUAGGUGCGAUUGCGGCUUAUAUCAUUUGAGAUAUGAAACAAAUGAAUGUUGAUUUAUUGGUGACACCGGGAAAGCACUUAAAUGAUAAAUAAAGUGGUCUCGAAAUCAUCACAACUCUGGAAACAAGAUAUGCAGGCGCCUAAUUGUUUUUAGAAAAUCUUCAUACGUCUCUAAGAGGUUCCCAGAAAAAACACAAGUCACUCUUAUUUACCUGCGAGGGAAAUGGAUGAUCAGUGAUCCCCACUAUUAGUGAGAUCUUCAAUUUUUAGUAUUAUACACAUUUAUUACAGUGAAAGGAUAUCAGAAACAUAUAAAUAUUUGUUUGCAAGGCACAGCAAUCUGCGACUGCGACCAGCAACCAAAUGUUAUUAUUUUUGUUGUCGAAGAUUCCUGCGAUUUGAGACCUCCAACUGCGACAUAUGACUAGUCGUUGGUCGUAAGUUGUUGUUUUCGUUGUUGUGGGACUAAUAGCACGAUCAGGUUGCAUCGUAAUCGAAAGUUGUUGUUUAUUUGUUGUUGAACGACUGAGCAAUCGCAAGUCUCUAUUUUAAGUGGUUAAAAAAUUAGUGACUAAAUUGCGACGCAAGUGAAAGAAUUAUGCAACGACCAAAUGUUAAACAGGGUCAUAAAUACUAAGGUUUGUUACCGUAGAGUAAUAAAGUGAAAUAAUAUAUAGCGAUAAAAAGUAUGGAAUGAUAAAAAAGAAACUAGAGUAAAUGAGAAUAAAAUGAAUAAUUGUAAAAUAUUUUAUUUUUUUAUCAAGAUUUUACUUUAGGUUUAACUUUAAAAAGUGUGAUUGUUUGGUUGAUUUAAAGUAAAGUUAAGAGUUAAUUUUUUUUAAGUUGUUACUCUAAAAAUAAAGAAAGUAGUUAUACCAUUUUAUUUGAAUUUUAAUGUAUUUUCUUGUUUGGGUGUAAAACUGUUUUUCUUCUAUUUGAAGUUGAACCUCUUAUAAAAAUGUACAAAUAAACAAGAUGUUUGUGUUAUUCUAAUAUUUUGUUCUCUUUAUUACUCUGUAAAAUUUUCACUUCACAUAAAAAGUGAAAAUCUUACUUAGAAUAUAAGAUGGAGUUACUAUUUUUAUGUAAUUGGUGAAAAUAGAGUAACUGAGAGUAAAGUUAUCUCUCUUAAUUUUAUUCUAACUUAAGCAAAAAAUCACACCAUUAAUUAAUGGCUUAAUUAAUUAAUUAUAUAUAUGCAUAUAUAUUAUUAACCAAUUAAGCUAACAAAAAUAUUAAAAAUCAUAAAUCAUAUGGGGGUGAUUGGUUGAGUUGUAACUUUAGAAAUUUACUUUAGAAUUUUGUCUGUAGGAUUUUUUGAUUUAGCUUUAAGAGCUGUACCUUUAAAAUUUUCUACAGCCAAAAAGAUGGAGCUUUAGAAAAUAAGACUUUUAUAGCUAGUUUUUUUUGUUUUUUGGCUGUAGCUUUAAUUUUUUGGUUGUAGCUUUAAAAAGUAAUGUAAAGCAUGAUUGGUGA